UUCUCUUCGGAGCCCAAGUCCAAGUCAAUCCAUCAUCAUCCAAUCCAACGCGGUUUGUUCAAACUUUUCAUGCCCCAAUCCCACUAUAAAUACCCCUUCCAAAACAAAUUCAAUCACACAACUCAUAUUAGAGAACACGCACACGACCACAAAAUGGAACUGUUCCAUCCCCUCCUCUCUCUCUUAGCUCUCUCCCUACUCUUCUCCGGCCCCCGCGCGGCCGCCGCACAAAACUGUGGCUGCUCCUCCGACCUCUGCUGCAGCAAGUGGGGCUACUGCGGCACGGGGAGCGACUACUGCGGCGCGGGGUGCCAGGAGGGACCCUGCGAGGCCUCGCCGCCGGCCAACAACGUCUCCGUGGCAGACGUCGUGACGCAGGAGUUCUUCGACGGAAUCAUCGGGCAGGCCGGAGCCGGGUGCGUCGGCCGGGGUUUCUACACGCGCGACGCGUUCCUGUCGGUGGUCGCGGCGUACCCGAGCUUCGGCCGUGUCGGCACUGUCGACGAUUCCAAGCGCGAGAUCGCCGCAUUCUUCGCCCACGUCACGCACGAGACCGGACAUUUUUGCUACAUAGAGGAGAUUGAUGGCCCGUCCAAGAACUACUGCGACCCGUCUAACACCCAGUACCCCUGUGUCCCAGGAAAGGGGUACUAUGGCCGUGGCCCGCUUCAAAUCUCCUGGAACUACAAUUACGGUCCGGCGGGGAAUUCCAUCGGGUUCGACGGCCUCGGUAAACCCGAAACCGUGGCCAACGACGUGACCGUGUCGUUCAAGACCGCGCUCUGGUUCUGGAUGAACAAUGUGCACCAGCUAAUCGUCUCCGGGCAGGGAUUCGGAGCCACGAUACGAGCCAUCAACGGCGGGCUCGAGUGCGACGGCAAGAAUCCGGCUACGGUGAAGGCACGCGUCGGAUACUAUGAGGAUUACUGCAGCCAGUUUGGAGUGGAUCCGGGGAAUAACCUGACAUGCUAGGUGAAAAAACUUGGGGUGGGGGGAUAAGUAAGAUUUGAAAUGAAUUGGGUAUGAGAACAAAAUAUAGUUUGUUUUAUUAUUACGCAUGUAGCUAAAGUGCAAUAAAACAAUAUUU